ACAUCAUUCCCUCAGCUUCCCUGCGCGGACAGAGCUUCUGGCUUCUCCAAGUGCGCACGGCGGCUGCUGCUGAGGGAGCGACUCCUCCUGCCGUGCCCAGACGCGUCCCGAGCAACCUGCGCUCUUGGGGUGGAUUUAAAAUAAAGAAUUGAAAGAAAAAACAACAACAACAACAAUUCUUUAACCCGGCAGAGGAAACCCGUGAACCGUUCCUCGACUGGACCUGCCGCAGGGACGCACACAAACCGCGGGGAUUAUUGCUUUGUUUUAAUCAUGAAGAUGUGAGGGUUUACAAGCUGGGAAGAAAGAAAGAGGAACUCCGAGGCUGACAGAAAAGAAAAAAAGGUACGAGUGAGCGGGUAACUAGAAGAAGAGAAGAAGAAGAAGAAGAAGAAGAAGAAGAAGAAGAAGAAGAAGUCGCUGGAGCAGCUGAAGAUAUGAAGCUAAAGAGGUUUUGAAAACAACCCAGUGAGUGCCAAGCCGUUCUGCGUGAAGACCCCAACCUUCCCUCCGCAGUCGGGGCCUCGGCGCUCCAGCCAGGUCAAAGAUCAGCCCCGCCCCACCCCUCCCUGCCCCCCUUUCCCUACUGGAGCCAAGAUGGCAACCAUCGGUGCCCCUCGCCUCUCCUUGCCACUCCUGUUGCCUGUCACCAGUCUGCUGCUAUCACUGCUGCUCACCGGCUCCCACGCCUUAUCACCGCCACGGUUCACUAAAGUUCCCAACGACCAGAUCGGCGUCUCAGGGGGCGUGGUCUCCUUCGUGUGCCAGGCGACGGGCGACCCCAAGCCGAGGGUCAGCUGGAACAAGAAGGGCAAGAAGGUCAACUCCCAGCGUAUAGAGACCAUUGAGUUUGAUGAGGGUGCAGGCGCCGUACUCAGAAUCCAGCCCCUCCGUGCGCCGCGUGACGAGAACAUCUACGAAUGCGUUGCAGAGAACAGCGAGGGCGAGAUCACCGUCAAUGCCAGGCUGUCCAUCAUCCGAGAGGACCUACUCCCACCAGGCUUCCCUAACAUCGACAUGGGCCCCCAACUCAAAGUGGUGGAGCGAACCCGAACAGCCACAAUGCUCUGUGCUGCCAGUGGCAACCCUGACCCAGAAAUCACCUGGUACAAAGACUUCCUGCCCAUUGACCCCAGUGCAAGUAACGGGCGGAUCAAACAGCUGCGCUCAGGUGCCUUGCAGAUCGAGAACAGCGAGGAGACCGACCAGGGGAAGUACGAGUGCGUGGCGUCUAAUGUGGAAGGCGUGCGCUACUCGUCCCCUGCUAACCUUUAUGUGCGAGAGCUUCGAGAAGUCCGGCGGGUGCCUCCUCGCUUCUCCAUUCCACCAACGAGUCAGGAAAUCAUGCCCGGUGGCAGUGUGAACAUAACGUGUGUGGCAGUGGGGUCGCCCAUGCCUUACGUCAAGUGGAUGCUGAACGCAGAGGAUUUGACACCAGAGGAUGAGAUGCCAGUGGGCAGGAACGUUCUCGAGCUGAGCAGCAUUCGUGAGUCAGCCAACUACACCUGCGUGGCCAUGAGCAGUCUUGGCAUCAUUGAAGCUGUGGCGCAGAUCACUGUCAAAUCUCUCCCCAAGCCUCCAGGUACCCCUGUGGUUACUGAAACCACUGCCACAAGUGUGACCAUCACCUGGGACUCAGGCAACCCAGACCCCGUGACCUACUAUAUCAUACAGUACAGGGCAAAGUCCCCAGACAGCAAAUACGAGACAGUGGAUGACAUCACCACUACACGUUACAGCAUUGGUGGCCUCUACCCCAACACUGAGUAUGAAAUCCGUGUCUCAGCCGUCAACACGAUUGGCCAGGGUCCUCCCAGUGAGCCGGUAGAAACCCGGACUGGUGAACAGGCCCCUGCUAGUCCACCACGAAACAUCCAGGCUCAGAUCAUAUCUCAGAACACUAUGAUGGUGCGCUGGGAAGAGCCUGAGGAGCCCAAUGGGCAGAUCAAGGGCUACCGUGUUUAUUACACCAUGGACGACUCCCAGUCCAUGAGCCUCUGGCAGAUCCAUAAUGUCCAGGACAGCAUUAUCACCACCAUCCAGAGUCUAGUGCCUCAAGAGACGUAUACCAUCAAAGUCCUAGCAUUCACUUCUGUAGGAGACGGACCCUUCUCAGAGCCCAUCCAUGUCAAAGUACUGCAAGGAGUUCCAGGUCAGCCAUCCAAAUUCCAGGUUGGUGCUGUGUCUGACACCAGUAUUGAACUGACUUGGGAACCUGCCUAUGAGAAAGAAGGAAUUAUAAACUAUGAACUCCGUUACAUGGAUCGCAGUUUGGGCACACAGAUGAAGAAAUCAUUUCCACCUACAUCUUCCUAUGUUGUGGAAGGUCUCCGCCCAAACACAGAGUACCACUUCUCCCUGGCAGCCAUCUCCAAUAAAGGCAUUGGCGCCUUCACCAAUGACAUAUCACAGAAGACCUUGCAAGCCAAGCCCUCAGCCCCCCCUCAAGACAUUAAGUGCAGCAGCACCAGCUCCACCACCCUGCUGGUAAGUUGGCGCCCCCCGCCUCUGGAGAGUCAGAACGGUGUCCUGGCGAGGUAUAGGGUGCUGUACCAGGUGGUGGGCUCGUCAGAGGGUGGCAGUGAUGAUGAGGAACCCAUGGAGGAGCCUACAAUCCCUGCCACCGAACAGCAGGUGCUGCUGCAGCGGUUGGAGAAGUGGACCCAGUACCGCAUUACCGUGUCUGCGUCCACUGUGGUUGGGCCAGGCCCUGAGAGCGAGCCCCUGAUCUGCCGCACCGACGAAGACGUACCUGGGGCUCCUCCAAGGCGAGUAGAGGUGGAGGUCCUCAACUCCACUGCGCUAAAGGUGAUGUGGCGCUCCCUGACGCCAGGCAAGCAGAACGGUCAGAUCCGUGGCUACCAGGUUCACUAUGUACGUGUGGAAAAUGGCGAGUCACGGGGCCUGCCCCUCAUCAAGGAUGUCAUGCUGGCCGAUGCCCAGUGGGAAACGGACGAUACAGCUGAAUAUGAAAUGGUCAUUGGAGGACUCAAGCCAGACACCACUUACUCCAUCACGGUGGCUGCGUACACCACCAAGGGAGAUGGUGCCCGGAGCAAACCUAAACUGGUGGUGACCAAAGGGGCAGUGCCUGGUCAGCCCUAUCUGUCAGUGGCUCAGGACUCAGAGACAUCAGCUGUGGUUCGCUGGGAUCCUCCAGACCUCACCAAUGGCAUGGACCUGCAGGGUUACCGGCUCCAGUUUGGGCGGAAAGAUGUCUCUCCUUUAGCUACACUUGAAUUUGCUCCACAAGAAAGACAAUACUCUGUGGUCAACAUUCACCGAGGGGCCACCUAUCUCUUUAAAGUCUCAGCCAAGAGUAGGGGGGGCUUUGGGGAAGAGGCUGUGGUGGAACUCAAUGUGCCUGAGAAUACACCAGGGGGAUACCCUCAAAUUGCAGAGGGAUCCAAUGUGACAUGCUGCUCAGUGCAGCUGUCUUGGUCUCCACCAGUGCUGGCGGAGAGGAAUGGGGUAAUUACAGAGUACACUUUGGCCUAUAAGGAAGCAGGUACCGGAGGAGCACCACGGGAGCUCCACCUGCCCCCCAGCCUGUCCAGCUAUGUGCUCAACAGCCUCAAACCGAACUCAGCAUACGAUGUGAAAAUACGUGCACACACCAGUGUAGGUCCAGGGCCCUACAGCCCGCCUAUCCAGUAUCGGACGGUGGCCUUUGACCCAACAGACGUUCCAAAGAACUUCACUGUCAAGUGGGCAACCAAGACAACAGUGGUCCUUGCAUGGAAGUUUUCUGAAAGCAGGUCUCCAUACAAAUGCACGAUUGAGUACAACCGUCAGAGGAUGGACGUGGAUGCCAAGCAGAUGAGGGUACUCAUCACUGGGCUGAAGCACAACACCACCUACGAGUUCAGGGUGACCUGCCAAGAGAGCAUGGACGGUGGGCCAAGACACCGUGUGAUCGCCAGGACUGCGCCUCUAAUUCUGGUCAAGAAACCUAAGCUGGAAAUCUACGCUGAGCCUGACAACAUGCUCACUUUUACCUUCCCAACGGUCGAUAGCAAAGAUGUCAAGAACUUCUAUGUAGUCGUGGUGCCACUUAAGAGGACGUCAGGAACCGUCAAAAACCUGAAGAACCCUGAUGAGAUGGACUUGGAGGAGCUGUUGCGGGAUGUCACCCCAAAGCGCCGUUCACGUCGUCAGCUGGCUCAGCUGGAACAGAGGAAGCCCUACAUCACAGCAUGCUUCAGGCAGCUGCCCACCAGCUUCACGAUGGGAAGUGACCAUCGCCAAAACAUAUGUGAGAACAAGCCUCUUGAAGCUGGCCAGGAGUAUGUCUUCUUCCUGCUGGCUGAACUCAACGCCACCGCGGGGAAAAUGUUUGCAACCAGCCCUUACAGCGACACAGUGACAACUCCCGAGCUGGUGGUGGACCCCCUGCCAGUAGACGCUGGUGAUGGACUCAUAUGGGUGGUGGGCCCAGUUCUGGCUGUGGUCUUCAUCAUUUGCAUCGUCAUUGCCAUUCUCCUGUAUAAAAACAAACCUGACAGUCGCAAAAGGAAAGAGUCUGAGCCACGCACAAAAUGUCUGCUGAACAAUGCGGACAUUACGCCCCACCACCCGACAGACCCUGUGGAGAUGAGACGCAUCAACUUCCAAACUCCAGAUUCUGGUCUAAGCAGUCCUCAGAGCGAAGCAGAUUUUGACUAUGAAAGUAUGAUGAAUCAUCCUCCCAUCCCUAUCUCAGAGUUGGCAGAACACACAGAGCUGCUCAAGGCCAACGAUAAUCUCAAGCUCUCCCAGGAAUAUGAGUCUAUUGAUCCAGGCCAGCAGUUCACCUGGGAACACUCCAACCUGGAGGUGAACAAGCCCAAAAAUCGUUACGCCAACGUCAUCGCCUACGACCACUCCCGCGUCAUCCUGGCUCCCAUCGAGGGUAUCACAGGUAGUGACUAUAUCAACGCCAACUACAUUGACGGCUACAGGAAGCAGAAUGCCUACAUCGCCACGCAGGGUCCUUUACCAGAGACAUUUGGGGACUUCUGGAGGAUGGUGUGGGAACAGAGAGCAGCCACCGUGGUCAUGAUGACCAGGCUGGAGGAGAAGUCACGAAUUAAGUGUGACCAGUACUGGCCCAGUCGUGGCACAGAAACCUAUGGCAUGACCCAAGUGACCCUGUUGGACACCAUAGAAUUGGCCACUUUCUGUGUGCGCACUUUCUCCUUGCACAAGAAUGGCUCUAGUGAGAAGCGGGAAGUUCGUCAGUUCCAGUUCACGGCGUGGCCUGACCACGGCGUGCCAGAGUACCCCACCCCCUUCCUGGCCUUCCUCCGUAGGGUGAAGACCUGCAACCCGCCUGAUGCCGGACCCAUCAUUGCCCACUGCAGUGCGGGUGUCGGCCGGACAGGUUGCUUCAUCGUCAUCGACGCCAUGCUUGAGCGCAUCAAGCAUGAGAAGACGGUGGACAUUUACGGCCACGUGACGCUGAUGCGCUCACAGCGGAACUACAUGGUGCAGACGGAGGACCAGUACAGCUUCAUUCAUGAUGCGCUGCUGGAGGCGGUGGCCUGCGGCAACACUGAGGUGGCUGCCCGAAGCCUCUAUUCCUACAUCCAGAAGCUGGCCCAGGUGGAGAGUGGCGAGCACGUCACUGGCAUGGAGCUAGAGUUCAAGCGUUUGGCCAACUCCAAAGCCCACACGUCGCGCUUCAUCAGCGCCAACCUUCCCUGCAACAAGUUCAAGAAUCGGCUGGUCAACAUCAUGCCCUACGAGACCACGCGCGUCUGCCUGCAGCCAAUCAGAGGCCUAGAAGGAUCCGACUACAUCAAUUCUAGCUUCAUUGAUGGAUACAGGCAACAGAAGGCCUACAUUGCAACGCAAGGUCCUUUGGCAGAGACUACAGAAGACUUCUGGAGAAUGCUCUGGGAGAACAACUCCACUAUUGUAGUCAUGUUGACCAAACUGAGAGAGAUGGGACGGGAAAAGUGUCACCAGUACUGGCCAGCGGAGCGCUCUGCCAGGUACCAGUACUUCGUGGUUGAUCCCAUGGCGGAGUACAACAUGCCUCAGUACAUCCUCCGAGAGUUCAAGGUCACAGACGCCAGGGAUGGCCAGUCCAGGACAGUAAGGCAAUUCCAGUUUACUGACUGGCCAGAGCAAGGCGUGCCUAAGUCCGGGGAGGGAUUCAUUGAUUUCAUUGGCCAGGUGCAUAAAACCAAGGAGCAGUUUGGACAGGAUGGACCGAUAUCUGUCCACUGCAGUGCUGGCGUGGGCAGGACCGGCGUCUUCAUCACCCUCAGCAUCGUCCUGGAGCGGAUGCGCUAUGAAGGCGUAGUCGAUAUCUUCCAGACAGUGAAGAUGCUCCGGACACAGAGGCCAGCUAUGGUCCAGACUGAGGACGAGUACCAAUUCUGCUACCACGCAGCUCUGGAGUAUUUAGGAAGCUUUGAUCACUAUGCAACGUAAAAAGCCAUCUCUUCCCCCCAGAAUCCUGUCGCCCCCCCAACAGUUUCCUGAGCCAUAGAAACUUUGAAAAUUGAAACGACGACAGCAGCCGAUGAUUACACCAUCCCUAAUUCAGACACGCCAAACAGGAUCUGAUUGUAGAUUUUUAGAAGACGACGCCCAACCAACCAGAUUAGAGUAAUUCCAAUUCGACCAUGAGACCCUUCGUGAGGAAAAUUGCCCUCCGUGUAGAAAACAAAAAUCCUCAUCAGGAGAGGAACCCGACGCUGUGGCUCAAGCUGUGGGGCGGGAAUCGAUCAAAGUGUCAGACUGCUUACCUUACCUCAAGUGUUUCAAUGUGGAGGACAUUGUAAACAUUCGUGGACAUUUCUCUUCUCAAAAAUAUCUUCGUGAUACAACGGUAACAAGCAACAGAUAAUGAAGGAGAAGGCAACAGCGAAAAUCAACGAGAGGCAGAUGGAUGUAGCCAAGACGGGGUGACUUUGGUGUUUUUUUUUGAUAUGCCUGGGUGUAAAAGGGUGUUCAAGUAUUUCUAUCAACACGUUUUUUUGUGAGUGAUAACAAGAGAAACGACCAAAAUUGUGGCUGCCUGUGUGAACACAAGUGGUUUUCCCCAAACUCUGGUAAGACAAGAAAAAAAAACAAAAAAAACAUCAAAAACAGUGGAAGCAUAAGAACAAUACCAUCAGGCAUCAAAUAGACCUUUUUUGAUACACUCUCCCACUAAUGAUAUGCAUAAUUUGUGUGGAAAAACACUCUACUAUUAAAGUAUACAUCACGUAACUGCCUGUUCUCAAGCCCCAAGAGCUUAGAGACGGCACUGUCAGUGGAAAGCAGCAGCACAUAUCUUAAGAUCAGUUACUUUCAUGAAUUGUGAACUUGUGUAAAAUCAGUAUCUCAAGCCAGGUAACCACAGUGACAUUGAAACAUACCACAGUGUAUUUAAAAAGCGCCCCAGGAGGCUCGCGUCUCCGUCAACAGAGAAAUCGGGGGGGGGGAGCCCUGGCUGUCCCGAGAAGCUGCGGCUGGGUCGUCUUGCGGAUGGUCAAGCUGGGAGAAAUGGCAACCGUGUCCCAUGAUUUUUUACAAUCACUCCUCUCUUUGGAACCAUUGCAUCAUGGGGCUUUGGUGUUAACACCCACCACCUUUGAACAAGAGAUGAAUCCGGUGGGAGAGAAGCUUUGGAACAAACGGAACAACAAAACAAGGAUCGCCGCAAAGUUGGGGCUUUCUUUGUGUACAGUGACCAACGCUCAUCAUCAUUGUUACAAACUUUUUUGUCUUAUGAGGAAUUAUCUUUCUUUUUUUGUUCCUUUGUUUUUGAUUUUCUGUCAAAACCAAACAUGCUGCUUAUCUUGUGUAUGCUGUACGUGUGACUCUUGAGAGAGCGAGAGAGAGGAAACUGACAAACAAAAGAUGCCGGCUCUGCUAACUGCUCGCGCCCCGGCGAGCAUGACUGAAAGCGCAUCCACAUGACAACACUGUCCACCAGUCUUUUUCCACCUCUCCUUUUUCUUUUCCAGCCUCCUCUAUAAUCAUCUAUUUCAUUGUAAAAGACACUCAAGAGUGGCAGAGGCCUGUUGCAAUUACAAAGCUGUACGUUCAUGUGGUUGGAAAAAAUUGGCCUUUAGUUCCACUGUAUGUGUGUUUGGUACCAGGUGGAUAAACAAAGUAGUUGCUUUGGUUUUUUUGUCCUCCCGUUUUAUAGAUGAUGUCUCUGUGGAUGCCACAGCCAGACCAGGCAGCCAUGUUGGAUCUCAAUGCCAUGAUGUGAUAAUGAAAUUCUUCGGUACAAGUAACUUGCACAUGUCUAAGAACAAAAAGAAAAAAGAAACUUGAAACAAAUACUCCAAAUACAAACUGCAGGUUGGAUUUGACGCACUAAUGUACAUGUGUCUGAUGGGAAAAAAAAAAAAGCAAAAGAAAAAUCAAGCUUUUGAAGUCACCAGGUUUUCAUUUUGAGAUCAGUCUUUUUGCUAUAGAUGAGUGUACGGAUUCCGCGGAGAUGGUUGUGCACAAAAACCAGAGCGAUGGACAGAACUGUGUAAUCUUUUCUUAUUUCCAAAAAAGCCUUAUUGUUAUUGUAACAUUAUGAAAAACAUUAAUGUUGUAUUAUGACGACUUAUUUUACAUUACAUAGUUGACUUUUUAUUUUCUUUUUUUCGGUUUAGUUUUUUAACAGAGAUGUUGUAUCACAUUUUUUUAAAGAUUAGCAGGAAAAGAUAAAAAUGCUUAUUUGUUCAUAUUACGUUUAAAGACAUUCUAUUUUUUCACUGUAGAAUUGUUAAGUAUAACAUGUCUGUGUGCACGUGUGCAUAUAUGUAUUUAUGUACAUAUAUACUGCACACUCACACAUGCAUAUAUAUUUAAAAGCAGAAUAUAAAGAUAUAUCCAGACACUUAGUAUUAAUUCAGUUCUUCUCCUCAUCAUCUUUUUUUUUUAUAUACCAGCCAGUGCUCAUAUUUGAAAAUAUGACAACUUUCAGUUUUAUGUUUUUGUUUUUUUUUUGUUUGGUUGGUUGUGUGUUUGUUAUUUUGUAAUUUUAGAGACCUCGCGUGUUUCUUAAAAAAAAAAAAAAAAAAAGUCGAGGUGAUAUCAGUGCUUUGCCUGAAUCCUCUGCCUCCACCCACCAGUUGAACUUCUACGCCUGGGUAGGUCCUGUGCCGAUGAGGAGAUGCCAUUUUAAAACCUUGUUGAGAUUCUUUAUUAUCAUUAACCUGUAGGCAUUAUUAUAUUUUUUGUUUUGUUUUUUUUUCUGAGCAACUGUUGAAUGAUGAACUGGUCUACGAAACGUCAAUCAAAAACUUCAUUAAUUUGUUAUCCAUGUCGGCCCAACUUGACAUACUGUACUUUGUAUGAUCAUGUACAGACGAUGACCCUCACAGUUUUUAAGAAAAAUCUUCUUUCUCUUUUUUUAAUUUUUUUUUUCACUUUAUCUUCAGACAUAAUGUGGUCAUCCAUUUUGUUAGAUAUCCACUAUGACCUAGAAUAUACCUGUAAAUAAACAAAUAUAUAGAUUAUAUGUAUUUGUAUCAUUUGACCCUCGAGAUCUUAUACUUUAAGCAGGAACAGAAUUACUCUGCUCAUAUCCGACUUCCUGGUGUUUGUAAAGCCUGUUUUCUCUCCUUCUGAAAUCUUCUUUCUCCAGCCCUGCUCCCUGGUCUUUAAUUACCACUCGCUUUUUUUUUCCCUGCCUUUAAUUUCCCCUGUUAGCAGUUAAACUGGGAAGCCGGCAAGCUCCUGUUCUCACACCUAUAGCCUCAAUGAGGGCAUGAAAUCAGCAUCAGCAAUCAGCUGGUGUAAUUUAGCUGUGGAGAGGAAGUUAGUCCAGUCUACUUUCUAACCAUUCGAUUUGGUGAUAAGCCUUCAAUUCUACGUCCUGUUAAUUUUCAAUGUGGACAAGGACGUUUUCCUGCUAUAGCAAAGUAGAGCAGUGUAGAAACUGCUCCUGUUUAAAUAAUUCCCUCUUAAGCCCAAUUCCAACAAACAAAAGGGUUUCAAGUGCAGAUUCUCAAUUUCUCUGCUACUGUGAGAAACAAAUGUGUCCCAAAGGUGUUUUUCAUCGCUGAAAAGUUUCCCACAAAUCCCCAGAAGGUUCCCCAGCUGUCCAGCUGCCUAAAAUGCCAAGGUGUUGUCCAUAAAUAUGUCAUUGGCUGACGGACACAUGCAGCUACGCUUAGAGGCCAUUAAUAGUUCAGUUGUGACAUGACAUGUUGAUUUAUUUUCUCCCUGUUCGAUUUUUUUAAGCAUUGUAUAGAACCAUACUCUGUGUUUAUGUUCAGCCAUGUUUCGUUGUGGGAUGCAGAAAGAAAUCAGGACUCAAUUAAACAGAGCAGUGCGGUGCAACCAAGGGAAGACCAAGACAACCAAAAACUUGCUGCAAAUUCACAUUUCCAGCACGUCAUUUCUGAACAGUGGGAGCUUUGAGAUAUUUCACAGUGAACUCUAAAUCCUGAACUGAAGUCUUUUGGAACUUGAGGAAAGACUGGUAAAAGUGGGCCCAUGCCAAAUCUGAAACCGUGGAAGUCUUUGGAAGCUUGUGCAAUGUGUUACUCUUUUGACUUCAUGUAAAGAUGCUAGACUUUUGAAAACAGCCGCCAAAAUUUACUGGAAUAUGUCGCAGAAUAUUUGGGUGACGUGGGGGGGGGACUAACAAAAAAAAAAACAACACUAACAAAAGAUGACAUCAAAAAUGAAUAGAACAUAUACAGUACAUGCAGACAAAAUGAAAAAGAACCCAAACUCAGCAAAAUAGUUUUUCCUUUGUAUAAGGGCCAAGAGCUAUCACUUUCAAACUGUUACUUCUAAAUGAAACAAUAAUUGGUUUAAAGCCACUGUGUAUGUAGAUAUGUUGACUUUGUAUUAAAGAAAUGUUGUCUGAAAA